AUGUCCUCCAACCUCGACGCCGCAGCGCUCUUUUCUUGCAAAGGCCUCGUUGCAGUCAUCACUGGUGGCAGCACGGGCCUGGGUCUUAUGAUGGCCAAAGCCCUGGCAAGAAAUGGGGCUGCCAAGAUAUUCAUUCUUUCCAGGCGUAUGGCAGUAUUGGAAGCUGUGGCCGAGGAGAUCGGUGACGACCGAGUAUUUCCAAUCCUUGCAGAUGUUGGUGAUGAGGAAAGUCUCAUACAGGCCGUUGGAAGAAUCCGAAUGAAAACGAGCUUCGUAAAUCUCGUUAUCGCGAAUGCCGGCAUAGAAGGGCCAGCGACGUGGGAUAUGGGGCCUCUCACACCUUUAUCGGAGGUGCAGUCUCGGCUGCUGGCCAUUCCCAUGGCUGAAUGUACCAAUACAUGCCACAUCAACACCACUGCGGCUUUCUACACGGCAAUCUCAAUGCUCGACCUUCUGGAUGCGGGAAACAGAGAAGGAAAUGUCCCCCAAAAGAGUCAAGUCAUUGCCAUCAGCAGUGCCGCAGCCUUCAGUCGAAAAAUCAGCGCUGGCUUUCCGUAUUCUGCGAGUAAAGCGGCCGUGGUCCACAUGUGGAAACAGCUGGCGACUUUCUUGUCGCCAUACGCGAUUCGAGCCAACGUUUACGCGCCUGGAAUCAUCUCAUCUGAGAUGUCCGUCCCACUCCUCCAGAGUUUCGGCAACGAUAUCCAGAGCGGAGAAGAGAUUUCAAGGUUUGAAAUGCCCGUUUGCCGUGCAGGGACUGAGGGGGAUGUGGCUAGCACCAUACUCUACAUGGCCAGCCCGGCUGGUGCCUUUUUGAAUGGGAGUAUACUUCUGUCGGACGGUGGCAGGACGUCCAUCACACCAGCUGCAUACUGA